GGGACUUGGCUCGCCUUUUGAAAGCUCCACAUCUUCAGUUCUCUGCUCACAGUUUACAUCCUCCAGAAAGAUGAUCAGGUCCUACAAGUCGUACUCCGUCAGCGGAGCUCCCAGGCAGCAAAUGUCAAGCAGCUCUGCAAGGAUGAUGGGAUCCACUCGCUCAAUUGGCCAAGGAAACAGUUCGGCCUUGAGGUCGGGUUAUGGUUUCAACAUGGGUGGGGGCGUAGGAGCCAGCAUGGGUGGAGGUUUCGGUAGCUACGGUGCAGCUUCUGGGGCCGUCAUCCCCCAAAUCCAAGCUGUCACGGUGAACACCAGCCUUCUCGCCCCCCUGAACCUGGAAAUCGACCCCUCCAUCCAGGUUGUCCGAACACAGGAGAAGGAUGAAAUCAAGACCCUGAACAACCGGUUCGCAUCUUUCAUCGACAAGGUGCGUUUCCUGGAGCAGCAGAACAAGAUGCUGGAGACCAAGUGGAGCUUACUCCAAGAGCAGACCACAACUCGCUCGAACAUCGAUGCCAUGUUCGAGGCCUACAUCUCCAACCUGCGCAGACAGUUGGAUGGGCUGGGCAACGAGAAGGUCAAGCUGGAAGCAGAACUCAGGAACAUGCAGAUUAACGUUGAGGACUUUAAGAAAAAGUACGAAGACGAGAUCAACAAACGUGCCGCUGCAGAGAAUGAGUUUGUGCUUCUGAAGAAGGACGUGGAUGGGGCGUACAUGAACAAGAUCGAGUUGGAAGCCAAGGCCGACGCUCUUCAAGAUGAAAUCAACUUCCUCAGGGCUGUCUACGAGGCUGAGCUUCGCGAGCUGCAGUCUCAGAUCAAAGACACCUCUGUCAUUGUGGAGAUGGACAACAGCCGCAACCUGGACAUGGACUCCAUCGUCGCCGAAGUGCGUUGUCAGUAUGAGGACAUCGCCAACCGCAGCAAGGCCGAGGCAGAGACCUGGUACAGGCAGAAGUAUGAGGAGAUGCAGACAUCCGCUGGACAGUAUGGCGACGACAUCCGCGCCACAAAGAGUGAGAUUGCUGAGCUCAACCGCAUGAUCGCCCGUCUUCAGAACGAGAUCGAGUCAGUCAAAGGACAGAGGGCAGGCCUUGAGGCUCAGAUCGCUGAGGCUGAGGAGCGUGGGGAGCUGGCAGUGAAGGACGCCAAGCUGCGCAUCAAGGACCUUGAAGACGCUCUGCAGAGAGCCAAGCAGGACAUGGCCCGCCAGGUCCGGGAAUACCAGGAGCUGAUGAACGUCAAGCUCGCUCUGGACAUUGAAAUCGCCACCUACAGGAAGUUGCUGGAAGGAGAGGAGAUCAGACUGGCAAAUGGAGUGACCAACGCCACCAUUCAUGUGCAGCAGAGCUCAGGAGGCGGAGGCUCAUCUUAUGCCGCCAACAGCAGCAUAGGGAGCGGCAUGGGUGGUGGUUUGAUCAUGUCCAAACUCUCGUCCUCAAGCAGCACCAGGAGAAUGUAUUGAGAGGAAUAAAGGAAGUGAAGUCCCUCUGACCUUCAGAAACUCUCAAACUUGAUCUAAAUCAGUGUAUUCUUUCUUGGUGCUAGGCUACAUCAUUAACAAAGAAACCUUGUGAAACACAGAAUCCACCCCAAUUUUACAUAGCAAACAUGACAUUGAGGAGGUGUUACACUGCCACCAGUUGUGUUUCUCUAUCUAUCUACACUGUUCAGGUCGACACGAACGAGUUUCUGGAAGUGGAAAAAGGCCUAUAACAACCUGAGGUCUAAUCUGCGGCAACAAGUGACAGUCUGCUGUCUGCACUGAAAUCUAUGAAAGUGUAUAUCAAGUCGAGCAACGGGGUGACGGAAUGUAAACGUGAGCGAACGACCCUCAGAAAACAUCACCUUUCCUUGCACGUUGGUACUUGCUCUAACAGAGUGGGCGGGGCACUGACCGAGAAUUUAAUCUAUGGAAAGGUGUGUUGCAGCCUCUGUUUUUUAAUAGCACUUUCACACCCUCAGUUUUACAUUCCAUAAACCCACGAUGAUAUACAAUCUGCCACAAAAUAAACUUUAACAAGAAAUGA